AGGGAUAAUAUAGUGUAUAUUGUAGUAAUAAUUGAGGGUAUUUUGUUUUUAGUUAAAUACCUAAUUACAGUGUAUUUCAUGGCUACUGAGGCCAAUUUCUCUAAAAAAAAUUCGAAUAAAGAAAAAGAAAUGUAUCGUAUGCCAAAAGAAACCAAACCAUUUCAAUUUCACGGGACAAAAGAAGAAGACUUGAAUAGUCAACUCGAGUCUACUUCCAACGAUUUCAAUUCUCUGUUUAUCUUUCAAUCUCAUUUUCUUCCUCAAUCCUCUUCACGUCUCUUCAUCCAUUAACCUCCAAUACUUUUCACUAUUCUCACACCCUAGAUUUUCCGUCAAAGUUAUGGAGAAUCUCUGUUUUCCGAACUCUGUUUCUCUCUUUAUGAAGAUGGUGGUUAUUGUUCUUCUUUAUCAUCACACUCUUUCUGCUACUUCUCCAUAUUCUCGUCCCGAGAAGUUUUACGUCAACUGUGGGUCGGAUUCUAAUGUCAUUUAUAGUAAUCGGACCUUUGUCGGAGACAUGAUCUCCGAAGGUAACUCUGUUUCCUUCAACGGUAAAGGAACUGAAGCCAGCAACCAAUCUGGAUCAAGCAUCUAUGGGACGGUUAGGAUAUUCAGACACCCUUCUUCUUACAAGUUCCAACUCGAUUCUGUUGGUCUACACUUUGUGCGUCUCCAUUUCUCUGCUGCCUCUUCUCAAACAGAGCUUUUAACUGCUCGUUUCACAGUCUCUGCUACAUCUGGUUCAACUCAUCACUUCAAAGGUUUCCCGGUUCAGAAUUUUAAUGAGACUCCACGAGUUGAGGAGUUUCUCCUGAUGAUUGAUUCACCCAAGUUCGAAAUUCGAUUUGUGCCUGAACGUUCCUCUGUAGCUCUAAUCAACGCCAUUGAAGUGUUCUCUGCUCGUAAUGACCUCAACAAUACACCAGAAUCCGAAAAGAACCUGCAUACGAUUUACAGAUUAAACGUAGGAGGCAGUAAAAUCACACCGGAAAACGACACCUUGGGAAGAACUUGGUCGAUAGACGAUGACUUUCUCUACCGAAAAGAUUCUGCGAAGAACAUUUCAUCAACACAAAAGCCCAACUACGAGACAGGGUCAGCAUCAGCAACAUCAGACACUGCUCCAGAUUUUGUCUACCAGACAGCUAGAACGAUGAACCGUAGCUCUAACGAAGGGGUGGCAGGGGGGGUGUUGAUGAACGUUACAUGGUCAUUUAAGGUGAGAAGUAACUCUAGACACUUUAUCAGGGUUCACUUCUGUGAUAUAAAGGAUGAAUCACAAGACCCCGACUCAGAUUUCUAUCUCUAUGUAACCGGACAAUCACGAAGAGAUGUAAGGCCUUCAGUGUACGUUAGGUUGGUGACUCCAUUUUAUAUUGACGUUAAUGUCUCUGAUGGUUUUGAAUUCUUGAAUGUUAGCAUUAGCGCCAAGGAUUCCACCAAGGAUGCUGGGUUUCUGAAUGGUCUGGAGGUGAUGGAGUUUUUGAAAACAUCUUCACCACAUGAAAGUAGUUCUCGGGUUUACAUCAUUACUGGUUGUGUUGCUGGUGGAUCGAUUCUGGUCUUGAGUUUUCUGUUUGUGGUUUGUUUGUUCCGGAUGAGAUCUAAGACGGAGAAGAAGCGAGACACUGAGGUCACUGUAUGGUCUCCUUUGGCAUUGCACAGAGGUGGGAGUUCCGACAACAGACCUUUUGAUCUGGUUCAUAACUCUCCACUGCGCACCAAUAUUCCUUUUGAUCCAGUCUACAACUCACCAUUGCGCAACCUAAACUUAGGCUUGAAGAUUCCUUUUACAGACAUUCUGAGAGCUACAAACAACUUCGACGAGACGUGGUUGAUUGGGAAAGGCGGUUUUGGAGAUGUGUACAAAGCAAUUCUUCCAGAUGGAAGCAGAGCAGCUAUCAAGAGAGCCAAGACGGGUUCAGGACAAGGGAUAUCAGAGUUUCAAACAGAGAUCCAAGUCUUGUCAAGAAUCCGACACAAGCACCUCGUUGCUCUAAAGGGCUACUGCGAAGAGAACUCGGAGAUGAUACUUGUCUACGAGUAUAUGGAGAAAGGUACGCUUAAAGAGCAUCUAUACGGCCCGGACUUGCCUGCAUUGUCAUGGAAACAGAGACUAGAGAUAUGCACUGGAGCAGCCAAAGGGUUACAAUAUCUCCACAGUGGCUCAGAAGGCAUCAUUCACAGAGACGUCAAAUCUACAAACAUACUACUAGACGAGAACAAUGUGGCUAAAGUUGCAGAUUUCGGACUCUCCAAACUGGCGGUUAGGAAUCAAGAUUCGAUCAAUAUCAGCACAAACAUCAAAGGAACGUUCGGUUAUCUCGAUCCUGAGUAUCUUGAGACGCACAUCUUAACGGAGAAAUCAGAUGUGUACGCGUUCGGAGUCGUUCUACUCGAGGCCUUGUGCGCGAGACCGGCUCUGGAUCGUUGCCUUCCUCACGAGCAAGUGAACCUAGCCGAAUGGGCGAUGUUCUGCAAAUCGAAAGGGAUACUCGAUGAGGUCUUGGAUCCGAAGUUGGUAGGUCAAAUCGAACCGAGCUCUCUGAGGAAGUUCAUGGAGAUCACUGACAAGUGUUUGAAAGAGUACGGAGAAGAGAGGCCGAACAUGGCGGAUGUGAUUUGGGAUCUGGAGUAUGCUCUACAGCUUCAUAUGAUGCCGAUUCAAAGAGAACCUCAUGAAGAUAGCUCGGUGACGAUCUCUGAUGGUGGAGGUGGAAGCUCGUUGGUGGUUCCGAGGCUGAUGGUGAGUGAUUCGUUUAGCUCGAGCUCGUUUGUUCAGAAGAAGAGUAGCUAUGGAGGUACAGAUUCAUCGGAGACUCAGGUUUUCUCCCAGUUGAAGAUCUCCGAAGCAAGAUAAGAAGGAGCUGUGGCGCCAACUGGUCAUGUUGUAUUCUUUUGAUUUCCACGAGCAACGAGCUGCUUGUGCAAGGGAAAACUUUGAGCAGACGGUAUCAUUAGUUUAGUAACUAUUGAGGUUAGAGACAUUAAGGGACAAGGCUUCCAUGAGAAACUGUCGGGUUUGGCUGAUUCGGUGUUUCUAGACCUUCCACAGUCUUGGCUCGCAGUUCCUUCUGCAGCAAAGAUGUUAAAGGAGGAUAGAGUUCUCUGCUCUUUCUCGCCUUGCAUCGAGCAAGUACAAAGGACUUGUGAAGUUCUCAGAUCAGAUUUCAUAGAGAUAAGAACGUUCGAGGUGCUUCUCAGAACAUAAGAAGUAAAGGAAAUAAAAGUGGAGACUGUUGCUAUGAUUGGUGAGAGCCACGACGAGGAGGACAAUGGAGGACCGAGACCAAGCAAGAUAAUAUUAGACCCAAAGGGUCAGAAAGAAAGAAUACAUUGGGCUCUUCUCACGACAGGCCCAUUACACCUUUGGCUUCUUCAACGGUCACCAAAACAACAAGACAAAACAAAGCUAUCAGCCAAGUCAAACGUACGGCACAGCCAGCUACACACCUCCCCUUGCGCAACCGAUUUGAUGCUCUCGUAGGUGAAGGUGAAUGAGUUGUCAAGACAGCUGUGACGUAUCCAGAUUGUUCUUUUCACUUAUAUAAAAGAGAAGCUAAGGCUAGAGUUGUAAUUAGGUUUUUCAAAUGAAUAAACUUCAGUAAAAGUUCAAAUAAAAUAAACAUCUUUCUCUCAA